AUGCCCAUUGCGCCCCCUUUCCUGGCUGUGUGGCUGCUUCAGCUGGCUGUGCUACAAGGUGCUGCUCGCUCAGAAGCAGUCUGUGGGCAGAAAGGGUCCUCGACGCGCAUCGUUGGGGGGCAGCCAGCCAGUGACGGAGAGUGGCCCUGGCAGGUCAGCAUCCUGUAUUCAAGCAAGCACGUUUGCGGAGGCUCCCUCAUAGCUGAACAAUGGGUGCUCACAGCGGCUCACUGCAUGACUAAGCUCGACUAUGAAGUGAAGGUGGGAGCCUACCAGCUUCAAAUUCCCGGGCAGGAGCAAAAGAUAUUCAGCAUAAACCAGAUUAUUCCCCAUGGUGACUACAAUCCUCACAGUGAGGUCUCCCAUGGAGAUAUCGCUCUAGUGGAGCUGUCGUCGUCUGUAACUUUCGCCAGCAACAUCCUUCCCAUCUGCUUGCCAGAUUCUUUUGUAUACUUCCCAGAUGGAAAGAAGUGCUGGGUCACUGGGUGGGGUAAGACUCAGCCAAACGAGAACUUGGCCGACCCACAAACUCUUCAGGAACUGGAGGUGCCAAUCAUAAGCAGAGACUGUUGCAAUGCCCUCUUCAGCAUUAAUCCAGAGGAGGACCUGGACCCCAAUCCAGUCGAGGAAGAUAUGUUUUGUGCUGGUUACGAAGAAGGUGGAAAGGAUGCCUGCCAGGGAGACUCUGGAGGACCCUUGGUUUGCCAGUGUGAUGAAGGUUCGUGGGUCUUGGCUGGGGUUGUCAGCUGGGGAGAGGGCUGCGCUGUACCCAACCGCCCUGGUGUCUACGCCUCCGUGCCUUACUAUGCUGACUGGAUCUCCCAGAAUAUACCCAGCAUGACCUUUGCGGCGUGCACCAAUGCAGGAGGUGAGGUUGAGACAUGCACGAAUGCAGGAGAUGGGGUUCCCGGGAGGAAUGGCAGAAUACCGAAGACCUUCACUCUGCUGCUGUUGCUGGGGUAUCUCGCGUUUGCUCUCCUGUGA